AUGGGUUCUUGUGUUUCAGUUCACAAAGACCCAGAAUCAGCCAUGAAGCUCGGUUUGUCAUUUGAGUAUAAGACUGACGAGCUUGUGAUUCCAUCACCAGACAAACCCCUGAUCAAUGCCGACCCUCCGAUCGCUACUGAGUUUGGUCUACAAUCUCAGUGGUCACCGCCACGCUCAGUGACAAAUUUUGGUGACUUUGUACCGACAGUAAGCUUCUCUGGCCAUGACAAUUCCCAUGUUGCGAAGGGAUCUCUGGGUUUACAUCGCUUAAUUGAAGCACUAAAAUUUGUAUUUGCGGAUGAACCUGGGUGA